GAAGCGCUCUCGCUUGGCUCUUCUACGCGCCUGCGCGCUAGUGGGCUCUGCGCAGGCGCAUUUCCAACGCUUCGAGGAGAGGGCGGGGUGUCGUUCCCUUUCGCUGAUGCAAGAGCCUAGUGCGGUGGUGGGAGAGGUAUCGGCAGUAUCAGUGUUGCUGCCAGGGCUUGAGCCUGACCCGUCCGAGUUCUCGUCCGUGCCGAGCCCACUCGAACCGCAGCCAUGUCCGGGGACGAGAUGAUUUUUGAUCCUACUAUGAGCAAGAAGAAAAAGAAGAAGAAGAAGCCCUUUAUGUUAGAUGAGGAAGGAGAUGCCCAAACAGAGGAAACCCAGCCCUCAGAAACAAAAGAAGUGGAGCCAGAGCUGACUGAGGACAAAGAUAUGGAAGCUGAUGAGGAGGACAGUAGGAAAAAAGAUGCUUCUGAUGAUCUAGAUGACUUGAACUUCUUUAAUCAAAAGAAAAAGAAGAAAAAAACAAAAAAGAUAUUUGAUAUUGAUGAAGCUGAAGAAGGUGUAAAGGAUCUUAAGAUUGAAAGUGAUGUUCAAGAACCAGCUGAACCAGAGGAUGACCUUGACAUUAUGCUUGGCAAUAAAAAGAAGAAAAAGAAGAAUGUUAAGUUCCCAGAUGAGGAUGAAAUACUAGAGAAAGAUGAAGCUCUAGAAGAUGAAGACAGCAAAAAAGAUGAUGGUAUCUCAUUCAGUAACCAGACGGGCCCUGCUUGGGCAGGCUCAGAAAGAGACUAUACAAUGGUUGCUGGAGAGAAAAGGAAAUUCGUCAUGAAACCUCCACAGGUCGUCCGAGUAGGAACCAAGAAAACUUCUUUUGUUAACUUCACAGAUAUCUGUAAACUAUUACAUCGUCAGCCAAAACAUCUCCUUGCAUUUUUAUUGGCUGAAUUGGGUACAAGUGGCUCUAUAGAUGGUAAUAAUCAGCUUGUAAUCAAAGGAAGAUUCCAACAGAAACAGAUAGAAAAUGUCUUGAGAAGAUAUAUCAAGGAGUAUGUCACUUGUCACACAUGCCGAUCACCAGACACAAUCCUGCAGAAGGACACCCGACUUUAUUUCUUACAGUGCGAAACUUGUCAUUCUCGAUGCUCUGUUGCCAGUAUCAAAACUGGCUUCCAGGCUGUCACGGGCAAGCGAGCACAGCUCCGUGCCAAAGCUAACUAAUUUGCUAAUCACAACCAGUUUUGCAAAGUGUGAUGUGGAGAUAUGGCUGGACGGUUUGCCAUCAGAGUGGAUAUACCAUUGUAUUAAAAACAAGAUAAAAAAGCUGCCAAGUUCUUUGGCGAGUGGCUAAUUGGUCUGAAAUCCUUGCAAGAUGCCGAUGCUCAGAUAUACUCAUUGCCUACUUUAACACCUGUCAGAGAAAUGUGAUAUGUGGUAAGGAGGUGCUUUUUUAAAAUCGUUCAUAGACUUCUGUAAAGUGCAAGAUAAAUUAAAGUUAUUAUAACAGUGAUUCUUUCAA